CCUCUUAGCACAUUGGAAUGCACUUACGACAACAAUGAAACGGACUAUUUAUCUUCCAUCCCGAAUCAGGUUAGUCACGUGACUCGCGGGAAUGUUGUCGAGUUACGAUUUUACUGCUACGUGUAUUGGGUGGGAGUGAGGGUCCCGCCAGGCCCCGCGACGUACGACAAUGUGUGUGGAACGCUACUGCUGCUAAACACGGAGCCAUGGCACUCAGGACGUGGUGUUCUUUCACAGAAGUGAUUUUACUGGUGUUACUUUUGUACACGGAGUAUGGACUUGGGACUGCUGGAGACUUUGGAUAUUUCAAUCACACUUCACAGGUGAUAAUACCAAAUGUGACCUUGACCUUGGGUCAAGGGUCAUGGAUACAAGUUUUAUUCAGGACGUGUGCUCCUUCAGGAGAACUUUUAAAAUACCACAAAAAUGGAGACAACCUUUUGAGUGUCUCCUUACAAAACACAUCACUACAGCUUCGCUGGAAUAUUAACAACACAGACGGAGUUGUGUCCCUUGGCAGCAGUUUGAACAACAAUUCCUGGUAUCAGUUCAAUAUUAAGUUUUUUCUUGGAGUUGUGUAUUUCAAUGUGUCCAGACCAGGACAGGAUGUUUUAUUUAGUGAGAUUUUAGCAAACACGACUUUUCAAUCAUUCCUGUUGGAUGUGCGGUUAGCAGACGUCACGUUGCAACUGGGGCAGGGAUUUACCGGGUGUCUGUGGCAGGGACCGGGGGUGGACUUCAGCAGUGCUGGGGUCAUAUCCAACAACGUGCUGUGGAACCUGUGUCCUCUCAGCUAUCAACGUGGAUGCUCACCAGUUGAUAGUGACGUGGAUGACUGUUUAACCAUCCCCUGUCAGCACGGAGGUACCUGCAUUGACGGAUUUAAAAACUACACCUGUAAAUGUCCGCAUAAUUUUAAUGGAACAAACUGUGAAAAUGAUUUACGUAACUUAGGCUGUGUUACAUAUCCUUGUCUUAAUAACGGAACCUGUUCUGAUAUUACUACACCUGGAGCCAGUUACAGGUGCAGCUGUAUUCCUGGAUUCACUGGCUCUGACUGUGAGGUAGAGAUUGACGAAUGUCGAUCCAAUCCGUGUCAGCAGGGAGCGUGUAUCAACCUGAUCAACGCCUACCAGUGUGACUGUGCUGGCACAGGGUUCACCGGUCCUGUCUGUGACGUGGACAUUGACGAGUGUGACACGUCGCCGUGUGGUCAGGGAACGUGUCACAACUCACCGGGCUCCUUCACCUGCACCUGUCCCCCGGGAUACGCCGGGCUCUGUCAGGAUAAUGUGGACGAGUGUGUCUCUUCGCCGUGCCAAAACCUGGGCACUUGUCACGACCAGCUGGAUGGCUACAACUGUACGUGUCGAAAUGGAUUCAAGGGAAGUAACUGCGAGACAAACGUUGACGACUGUGAGAACGUGUCCUGCCCUGGCAACCACACCCGCUGUGAAGACCUGAUCGCGGACUACCAGUGUGUGUGUCAACACGGCUAUACCGGGGAGGCAACCUCAUGUAGUGACAUUGAUGAAUGUCUGAGUGAACCGUGCAGGAACAAUGGAACAUGUGACAAUCGGGAGAAUCAUUUUGUGUGUAAUUGUCCGGCCGGUUUCAACGGAACGAUGUGUGAAAACAACAUGGAUGACUGCGCAUCUAACCCCUGUGAACACCUAGGAACGUGUAUUGACCGUGUCGAUGGAUUUAACUGUUCCUGUCAAGUUGGCUUUACGGGGCACACAUGUUCGACAAACAUCAAUGACUGCACUCCAGACAUUUGCAAGAACUCAGGAACAUGUUUAGAUCUGAUUGAUGACUACAACUGUACGUGUUCGCCAGGCUGGACUGGCAGACAUUGUGAGGCUGACAUUGAUGAGUGUAAUUCAGAUCCCUGCUUGAAUGGAGCGACUUGCGGCAACCUGCAUAAUGAAUUCACCUGUACAUGUGCAUCAGGCUAUGAAGGUUCUAACUGCCAACACAACAUAGAUGACUGUACGCCACACCCGUGUAUGAACAACGCAUCGUGUGUGGACCUCAUCAAUGACUUCCACUGCGCCUGUCCACCAGCAUGGAUGGGCAAGACGUGUGGUCAGGAGUUCGAUGCCUGUGUCUUCUACAGCCCCUGCGAGAACGGGGCCACGUGCACAUCGGUGUCGACGUCUCAUGACUACAACUGCUCCUGCGUGGCGGGAUUCGACGGCAAAAACUGCUCACACAACAUCGACGAUUGCGCGAUGGUUACCUGCCCCCAGUUCCAGGUGUGCAGUGAUCACGUCAACAAUUACACCUGUGACUGUCCUGCAGGAUGGACUGGUGUUCGGUGUGAGACUGACAUAGAUGAGUGUGCGGGCCAGCCCUGCCUGAACGGAGGCCAAUGUAUCAACGGGACGGGUUUUUACACGUGCAACUGCAGCCAGUCCCAGCGCAACCUGACGCGCUUCCUCAGUGGACAGGAAGUAACGUUUUACACAGGUUGGACGGGCCGGAACUGUGAGCAGGACAUCAACGAAUGUCUUGAGCCGAUGGUUUGUCUGGGCCGCGGCAAGUGUGAGAACAUGAACGGUACAUACCGCUGUCUGUGUGGACGUCUGCCAGGUGGAGAACUCACCACAGGCAACAACUGUGAGCUGACGACAUCGUACUGCCAGAAUGAAUUCGGACACACGGGACGACCAGCCUGCAGUAACGGCGGGACCUGUGUAGAUCGGAUGUUAUCCUUCCACUGUAUCUGUGCUCCAGGAUUUACAGGUCCACGAUGUACUAUCAACAUUGACGAGUGUGAGUCGAGUCCGUGUCACCAUGACGGCACGUGUCAUGAUGGCAUCAACGGAUACAACUGUUCCUGCAUACCAGGUAUAUCGGGAGCAAACUGUGAAGUUAACAUCGAUGAAUGUGCCUCAGUGCCUUGUCUCCACGGUGGUGCAUGUACUGACUAUAUAAACGGGUAUGAAUGCAACUGUUCUGACACUGGCUUUAAAGGUCCAUCAUGCGAGAACAACAUCGAUGAUUGCAUUAGCUCCCCUUGCCAACAUGGCGGAACCUGUGAGGACGAGAUAAAGAAGUACCACUGUAACUGUUAUAUUGGAUACAAUGGAACUGACUGUGAAACGGAUAUCAACGAGUGUGACCUUUCACCAUGUGAGAACGGCGCCACCUGUCUGCAGAGGUCAAACCGGACGCUGUAUGACAUGAACUACCCGGGUUUUGUGAACUUCACCUAUGCAACAGCUUCAGGCUAUCUCUGUGAAUGUGUCCUGGGAUUUAAAGGAUUCGACUGUGAGAUCAACAUUGACGACUGUGAGAACAGCACCUGCGAACACGGCGCCACCUGUCUGGACGGAAUCAACACGUACACCUGCGCCUGUGCACCUGGGUACACAGGUGUCCGAUGUCAGACGGAGAUCAACGAGUGUGACAUACGACCAUGUCACAAUGGUGCCACCUGCACCGACCUCAUAGCAGACUACCAGUGCAGUUGUCUGCCCUUUGUUGCAGGCUCGAUUAAUUACGGUGGCAAGAACUGUAUGGUCGUUUUGACGGGGUGUGACCAUGGUAACGACUGCCAGAACGGUGCUACCUGUGUUCCGGUUCUCGAGAGCGAAGCCCCGAAUGUGCAUAAUUACACCUGCAAGUGUCACAGCGGCUGGACGGGGCGGUUCUGUUCCAUCACCACGACGAUGACCUUCACUGGUGGAAGCUACGCUUCGAAGACUGGGCUCCUUGAUGUGGAUAUUUCACUCCGAUUCAGGACAACUCUGUACGAGGCUCUGUUAGUUUAUUAUAGAGUUAAUGCCCUUGAAUUUGUUGCCAUGGAGAUUCACAAAGGGCGGCUGCACCUUGCCUAUGGAAACAACACGCACAUUCUUCAACAGAUAUCCAUACCAUCUCGACUGUCUGUGGUUGAUGCCGAAUGGCAUUAUGCCCGAAUGAAGGUAAAAACUAAUCUGACUCUUAUUCUAGAGAACUCGCUCUGCAUGUACCGAGAAGAAUGCACGGUUUCCAUGGUGAGCGAACUGCAACCUGUGACAACGGAAAACAAACUUUACAUUGGAAACACGGACAAUAAUAAUGACGUACAAAACACUCUCUCCAUGAUUUCUUACACUGGGUGCAUGGAAGAUAUUAUCCUGAACAAAAACUAUGUAAUUCUAAGUAGCCAGGAUGUUGCGUUUACUGGCGUCAGUGCUGGGUGUCCUCGGACUAUCCAGUGUAAUCCGUACACCUGUGAUCGUCAUGGUGACUGCAAGGAUCUGUGGAAUCAAUUUGAAUGCAACUGUCAUAGACCGUAUCUGGGAGUAACCUGCAAGCAAGAGUACACUCCAGCAACAUUCUUCAAGAACGAUGUUCCGAGCUGGGGGAGUUUCGUUGUGCCCGAACAACAGCAGCGCGAGCUGGAAACCUCUGUCGACGUGUCUCUGUUCGUGGUCACCCGGCAGACGGACUCGGUCAUCAUGUAUCUUGGCAACACUAACCUCACGGCUCUCACCUUCAUCACCCUCGAAAUGACCGGCGGCAAGCUUGGAGGAAGAAUCGUUCUGUGCAGUUAUCAACAGACUUUCCAAACCCUGACCUUUUUCGGGGACGGGGAACGUCAUUUUGUCAGCCUAAAACUGAGCGCCAGCAGGUUUUCGUUUCUGGUUGAUGGUUCCGUUAUUCACAAUGAGACAACUGAACAGACAGCUUGUGGCCUGAAAGGAGAGGUUGUUUAUGUCGGUGGACGUUUGCCGAAUCAGCGGCGGCGACGAAGAGAAGUGACGAUGAAUCAAGGUGUCGAUGUUCUCAACUUCUCCAACCGGACGUUUUUUCAAGGUGUCGUUCAGGAUAUUGAGAUGAAUGAGCACAAACUUCUCUUCUACCCAGUGAGCAUGCCGCUUGAUAAAACCAUCAACAUGACUGACAGCGCCAACAUCACAGAGGGUGCAUCGUCCACACAGCUGGGCUGUGAGUCGAGUCCCUGCAUGCAGAACGGAACGUGUCACAACAAAUACUAUAAUGACUUCAGAUGUGACUGUCCAUAUGGAUUCCGAGGUAAAACGUGUGGCGAGCUGGACUUCUGUCAGAGAAUAAAGUGUCCUGGGGUCGGCACACGAUGUCAGAGUUUACACGACGGAUAUGAAUGUAUCACAAGUUCAACAUUCAAUGGUGCCAGCAGUCUGGCCAUGUACGAACCAAACAUCUUAAACAGUACUCAGGUUUCCACGUUAUCAGUCAAACUCACAACCAGCAUCGCGUACGGGACGUUUCUCUACAUCUCAAAGAAUGACGUCUUCCUCAAGCUAAGAAUUGCCGACUGGAAACUCGAAUUAAAUUACAAAACAAGUCCAGGACUGUCCAAUAGUGUUUCUAUCCCAUUCAUACUGAGUAAUGGAAACCAGUAUCACAUUAAAACGGACUUUGAUAAUCAGUUUCUUGUACAGAUUUGGGACAGUGACAAAAUUGUUGCUGAAAGGCAAUUUGAUGCUGCCACAGGCAAUUCCUUGAAAGACAUGUUCAACAACCAUCCUGUCAUUGCUGUUGGUGGCGUCACUGGCAGUGCAUUGUGGGAAAAACCUUUCAAAGGAUGUUUGGAGGAGGUCCGUAUUGGCGACAUUUUACUGCCGUUUUUCUAUGACUCGCAGUUUGUGAAUUACACCAACAAGGAGACGUUCCGCGCUACACGACUCACGAGUCUGACCAGCGGCUGCAGCAACCCCAGGGCGUGUGUGGGAAAUGGGUGUCGGAACAGUGCAGUGUGCACCCUCCGGUGGUACAGCUACCAGUGUAACUGCCAGGUGGGUUACACGGGCCAGUUCUGUGAGGCCAGGGACCGGUGUAUGGGCGUCACGUGUCAGAACGGGGGCCAGUGUCUGGAGGAGGUUGGUUGGUGCAUGUGCAGGCCAGGGUACAGUGGAAACAGAUGCCAGACCCAGGAAGCGUGCAUGCUCAACUGCUCCAACAAUACGUCCUGCAUGGAGUCCGAAUACGGAUACGUCUGUAACUGUUCGGAUCAGUUCACAGGGCGGCUGUGUGAUACCGAUGUAAAUCGGAACUGCAGUACUAGUCCGUGUCGUAAUGAUUCGAGUGAUGGAUGCAGUGACAUCAGUGGGUCGACAGCCCCGAGUACGGCUUUCAACUGCAGCUGUCUUCCAGGGUACACUGGUGCCAUCUGUGAUAUCCCAAUAGACUUCUGUACCAGUCUACCAUGUCAAAAUGGUGGCAACUGUACCAGCAGUAACCAAAGUUACACUUGUCAAUGUCAAGAUGGUUUCAAUGGGACGGACUGUGAGAACAGCAUAUUCUGUUCUAUGCAUGAACCGUGUGAAAACAACGGAGUCUGCUAUGGUGUGGAUGACAGCUACAUCUGUAACUGUACAGGAGGCUGGGGAGGUACAAACUGCUCUGAAAAUAUCGGUGUAUGCAACCAAAGUCAGCCCUGCAUGCACGGUAGCUGUACCGACCAAUCACAUGGUUACACCUGUAUCUGUACCGGAACUGGUUACAAUGGAACGAACUGCAGUAACGAAGUCAACGAGUGCGACUUGGACCAACCUCCGUGUCAAAACGGCGGAAACUGCUCCAACACAGAGGGCAGCUACACGUGCAGCUGUGGAACGGGUUACUAUGGCAACAACUGUGAGAUACCGGCGUGUAACCACACUGAAUGUGAGAACAACAGCACGUGUCGAAUUAACGGCACUCGCUGGGAGUGUUCCUGUCUCCAGUACUUCCUAGGUGAAACCUGCAACACACGUGGGCCAUGUGUUGAUAACACAUGCAAUAAUAGCACAACACAGAGCUGUGAACAGAAUGAAGUGAACUACACAUGUGUCUGUCAGAAUGGUUGGCAAGGUGUUAAUUGUUCCCAAGAUGUUGAUGAAUGCACACAGAACUCGUCACUGUGUCAGAAUGGAGGGACGUGUCAAAACAAAGAUGGUAGAUACAAGUGUGCGUGUGCACCUGGCUACUCCGGGAUGAACUGCGAGACAGACAUCGAUGAGUGUGCAGGCAGGCCGUGUCUCAAUAACGGAAUGUGCAUUGACCUCGUCAAUAAUUACACGUGUGACUGUAACGCAACUGGUUACAUGGGUCCUGUUUGUGCCGAAGAUGUUAAUGAGUGUGUGUCUAAACCAUGUAAAGAGAAUGAAGCCUGUAAGAAUAUGGAAGGGUAUUAUACGUGCUCUUGCAAGGAGGACUUUGUCAACAACAGUGGAAAAUGCAUACGCAAUCCUUGUAGUACAGUGACAUGUGAGAACGGAGGCACAUGUAAUAUCACUGCCAAUGACAAUGGCAACCUUGGAUCUCUCUGUGUGUGUUCAGAUGGCUAUGAAGGUGUUCGCUGCCAAAAAAUGGUCCAGACUGACGAGCUGAAUAUAUGGUACAUCAUCGGACCAAUCGUAGCCGUCGUUCUCAUCGUUAUAGUAAUAGUUGUAAUUGUUUUCCUAAUGGUGGCCCGUACGAAGCGUGCAACCCGUGGCACAUACAGUCCAAGUCGUCAGGAAACAUCUGGAUCUCGUGUAGAACUUGGCAACGUCCUCAAAAAACCACCGGAAGAAAGAUUAAUAUAAAUCUUAACUAAGUGCUGCAUCUUAGAUGGAGGAAAAAACAUACAAAAAAACAAAAACCAAGCCUGCAUUGUGUGAUAGGCAACAGAAGCUUGUUUUACAAAAUGUGAUAUCAGUGGUUGUGGAUUACAAUGAAAGAAACAUAUCAAGCAUAAUAACUAUUAUGUUAGUGGACGGCAAGUCACAUGAUACUGUGAUAACAAGUCCCAGAGUUGCUGCAGUCCACAGUAACAGUGAUUGUGAUUGGCUAAUCAGUGAUCAUGCCAAUGUCAAAAGCCAAUGAAGUUCAGGGAAAUAGUUGGUGUAAAUGAGGCAGUGUUCAUUUAUGUUUUUUGAUGUGGUGUAAUGUCUAUUUAUAUGCACAAAUCCACAGUAUCGUUGCUAGUAAAUUUGGCUAUUUUGUUUAUAAGAAGAUUUGUGAUUGGUUGUAAUUUUUCUGGCUUUCGUCAGAAAUUAUGUAGUAAGAGAGUACAGUAAGCAAUAACUUUCAUGUCAUUUUAAUACAAAGCUUGAAUCAUACUAUUCUUUAUUUUGACAAUUUAUAUGCAGUAUUUGUUUUGCUUUUUUUUUUGCUUUUUUUUUAAUGUAAUUCAGGGACCAAGAAAUGCAUAAAAACAAUUAAGUUUUGUUCAAAGUUUAAUCAUAUAUACAAUACAUAAAACAAUGUUCACCAAUAUAAUUUUGUUUUAUUUUCAUAUUUUAAAAUGUGUUUCUGGGGAUAUAUAAAAACACAAUUUCAAAUUUGUUUUGCUAGAUAUAUUUUUGCAAAAAUAUUAAAAAUGUAUCAGUACAUCUGUAAAUUUACAUAUUAAUUUAUGAAAUGACAAAGAAUUUAAAAUAAUUCAUCAACAGUAUAAUCAGUAGAGCUCUAUAUAUGCGGCACUUUCCUGCAAACAGAGUUUGUGUAAGUAUUCAUUUGUUCCAAUUUAACUAGUUGCAAAAGGAACAAUUUAACAUGAGAAUUGAAACCCGUUUAUGACUUGUGAGAAUGACGUGCGAAUGAAACUAUCAUUCUCACAAUUUUCACGUCCGUAAUUCUUUAGCUUGUAAUAAUAUUUGAGUGAAAAUGUGUAUUUGUGUUGCUAAUGAAAAUAAGAAUGAAUCUGACAGUUACGAAGUCAUCUGAUUGGUGCUACGUUCAUUUCUCAUCCUGUAUUUAAAACAUUUCGCUUGUGGUACAAUUCUCAUGUGCUGUACUAGACAUAGUGGUUUCCCCUUCAUUUUCUAUAUAAUUAUUUAGUACUGCACACAAUACGUGUGAUGUUUAACAAUUUUAUCACAAAUGUAAGACAGACAGAUAGUGGUUUUCUGGAUGAAAAUCCUACUCAGUAUUAUACCAAGUGUUGUUGAGAGAUAGUAGUUUAGAUAUUCAUCAAGCUUCGUCUUGUGCAGGUAUAGUACUGAAUACAACAGGUUUGAUAUCCAUCAAGCCUUGUCUUGUGCCAGUUUAGGUGAUAAGAAACCAGUCUUGAUAGUGGUAGUACUCCUACACAUAAAGCUGGAAAGAUGCAGAGUUACGAAUUUAAAGAUGAUCAUUGUUUUGUCAUUCCUAUCUAACUUGAAGACAAUUUGAAGAUAAGUUGAGACACCUCAUUGUCAUCUGAAUACAUGACAUCUUUCAUGGCUGCUGAGUAAUGAUCCAUCAUGAUCGGUCAUGAGCUUAGAACAUUAGAACACACUAAUGGUAGGGUAACACUUUACAAAUGAUCAAGUCUAAAGUAACACUGAUGGUGAUAGUGGUCUGUCUUUUCGCUUUGAAAGUGCUCUGGUUUUUAGUUGGAAAUAAGUCCAUACAGUUGGCCUCUUCAUUGAGUUGUAUUAUUGCCUAUGGUAUGAAACAAACGAUUUGACAAAUGAUUGUAAAUGCCGGUACAAGGCAGAGGGAUGAUGAGACCUGGUUGAUUGGUGUUAAGAUUUGGGUGGCCAAACAUGAUGGUUUCAUAAAUUACUGACUUGGAACUCACAACAGAUGAUAACAGAGCAAUGGAAAACCCGAUAGUUAACCCCGGAUUACCAGGUAGUUUGAGCUUAUGUAUUGCUUGAAAUUGAGUUAUUGAGAGUUUGUAAAUGAUUUUCUGUUUCAUUCAGAGUAUAUUUCUGACAAGUGACAAGAUUGUUAAAUAUUCUCUUGUAAGUGUUUGAGAAAUCAGUACAUGGAAGGGGAGAUUUGUUCAUCUAGAAAACAUGCUUCAUAACACUAGUGACAGUUUAAAACAAUUGAGAAAAAGACAGUAGCAGCUAGAUUUAAGAAUUAUGAUUUUAUUUCAGUCUAGAAUCAAACUAGAAACAACAAAUCUGUUGUUAAAAAUCAGCAUGUGUAAAAUGUCUUUAGAUGUUUUUAUUUUUUAUCCAUGUUUACAACAUACACUGUAAAAAUUUAUUAUAUCAUGAUAUCAUAUUUCAUUUUUUGAAUUCAUUUGUAUAAAAUCAUCAUGGCAGUUUCAUUCUUGUAUAUAUAUAUAAAAAAAAUGUUUUGCCUAAUGUGUAAAUAAAUUAAUAAAUAUAUUUUAACAUUUUACUAUCAUCAAUGAUAGAUUGUUAAAUUUAUUAUUUGUUAGAUUGUAUGAAAUAAAAUUAGGGGGGACAACAAGGUUUUCCUCUGGAUUUCACACAGUGAUUUUCAGUUGUUUUAUUUAUUCUUAGACCGAAGAGUUAAAAAACAGUGAAACUGAUUUUAACUUUUUUUAAAAUUCAAAUAAGAUAAAAUGAAAAUGAAGUCAAUGCAAAAGAUCUUAAAUUAAGAUGAUCAACUCGAACACAUUUAAAAAAAAUUAUUUGUAAAAAAUUGUUUUACUUUUAUCCAAGUUCUGUCAUUCGAAAUGAUCACAAACGAUAAAUUACUACAUGUCACUGUCUUGUCAUGUUAACAACUACAAAGAUUAUUCAUUUUUCAAAAAUAUUUAAACAUUUUAAAUAACAUUAUAAGACAAAUUUCAGCUAUGAAGAAUGCAUGUUGUGUGUUACAACCACAAAUAAAGACUUAUUUAUUGCCAAAUGUAAUUAAACAGAAUAAAUUUUGUUCCACAUAUCAAUACACAUUGCCAAUAUUUUAUUUCUUCAGUUGUAGAUUCCACUGCUCAAAACUAGCUGAAUACAUUCCACAGAAUGCACAUUUGAUAGAAAAGAAAUGUGAACAAAUUUAUAUUCUAUCAUUUUACAGUAUUUUCACAUGUAGUGAAAUAUUUGUUUUAUAAUUGAGUUGAAUAAUGCUGUUGAUGUGACUGUCAUGUUUUUAUGAUCAUUAGAUGAUGUAAACUGUUACAAUGAUCCAUUUGGAACAUUCCUUUCCGUGUGUAUUUUGGAAGUUUUAAAAAAAUUAAAUUUUUUAUAAAUUUAGUUUUAUAAUAAAAACUCUGAUCAUUGUAAUAUUCCAUUAAUAGUGGAAACAUUUGUUUUAAGCCUCAAUGAGCAGUGUACAUAGUGUGUAAUAUUUGUACAGUGUACACAGGUAGUGUUGUCUCUUUCUGUACGUACCAUUGUCUUUGAAUGUACAGAAAAUACAUGUCAGAGCAUAAUACAAGAUGUUAGAGUUUGUAGUGUACAGGCAUCUGAUGGUCCGAUAUUGAGGUUAAGCUGGAUUCUGUUGAUCAUGUCGAGAUUAACCUGUAAAUUUGUUGAUCAUAUGUAGAGAUAAACCUGAAAAUCUGUUGAUCAUAUGUAGAGAUAAACCUGUAAAUCUGUUGAGCAUAUGUAGAGAUAAACAUUUAAACCUUCCCUUGACAUGCAGUGAUUGUGUAAUUUCAAAUUUUCGCCUAAGACUAAAAAGACAGUAGAAUAAUUAAGACCUGUAGUCUGUAAUGAAGACUUUCAUUUUUGAUGGAUACGAGCAUUAUGAACUGUUGUAUGCGUGUUAGUUCACCACGCCCCUCAUGAACAAACCUCACUUCUCAGUUUUAUAGAACUGUUAAUGCAUUAAUAAAUAAAUAAAUGGUAUUAUAUAAAAGAAAUAAUGCAGUUGGUAUGUAUCUGUAAGGUUAUAAAUCAUAAUCAUCUGUAACACUUAAUCAAGUUUAGGGUGUGAUUUCUCUCUGCCUUUCCCCUUUAAACAGAUUAUUUAUAGUAAUGCAUUUUUUUCCUCAUCAUUUAAGGUGUGAUUUUUUCACUGCACUAGAUUUUUCAGAAAUGAUAGUCUGAUGAUCAUAUACAACUGUUAAUUACACUAACUGUAUGUAGACCAGCAAACAUAUACAACUGUUAAUUACACGAACUGUAUGUAGACCAGAAAACAUAUACAACUGUUAAUUACACUAACUGUAUGUAGACCAGCAAACAUAUACAACUGUUAAUUACACUAACUGUAUGUAGACCAGCAAACAUAUACAACUGUUAAUUACACUAACUGUAUGUAGACCAGCAAACAUAUACAACUGUUAAUUACACUAACUGUAUGUAGACCAGCAAACAUAUACAACUGUUAAUUACACGAACUGUAUGUAGACCAAAAAACAUAUACAACUGUUAAUUACACUAACUGUAUGUAGACCAGCAAAUAUAUACAACUGUUAAUUACACUAACUGUAUGUAGACCAGCAAAAAUAUACAACUGUUAAUUACACUAACUGUAUGUAGACCAGCAAACAUAUACAACUGUUAAUUACACUAACUGUAUGUAGACCAGCAAACAUACAUGUAUACAACUGUUAAUUACACUAACUGUAUGUAGACCAGCAAACAUAUACAACUGUUAAUUACACUAACUGUAUGUAGACCAGCAAACAUAUACAAGUGUUAAUUACACUAACUGUAUGUAGACCAGCAAACAUAUACAACUGUUAAUUACACUAACUGUAUGUAGACCAGCAAACAUAUACAAGUGUUAAUUACACUAACUGUAUGUAGACCAGCAAACAUAUACAAGUGUUAAUUACACUAACUGUAUGUAGACCAGAAAACAUAUACAACUGUUAAUUACACUAACUGUAUGUAGACCAGCAAACAUACAUGUAUACAACUGUUAAUUACACCAACUGUAUGUAGACCAGCAAACAUAUACAAGUGUUAAUUACACUAACUGUAUGUAGACCAGCAAACAUAUACAAGUGUUAAUUACACUAACUGUGUGUAGACCAGCAAACAUAUACAAGUGUUAAUUACACUAACUGUAUGUAGACCAGCAAACAUAUACAAGUGUUAAUUACACUAACUGUAUGUAGACCAGCAAACAUACAUGUAUACAAGUGUUAAUUACACUAACUGUAUGUAGACCAGCAAACAUAUACAACUGUUAAUUACACUAACUGUAUGUAGACCAGCAAACGGUCCGAUUACAAGGACAAAUGGAAUAUUGUUUUUAUGGAGUCUCUUUGCAGCAAACAAUAUACAACAUAGUUAAGUAAUGUAAUAAACUGAUCAUAUAGUUAGUGAAACAGUAAUUUAAUACAUGUUUUGUGUUGUAAAUUUAUCAAUGAUUGUAGAGUUAAAUCUCUUUGUGAAUUGAAUGAGACGAAAUGUGAUCCCAACAAACAUAUCUUUGUAAAUAUCACUAUUCCUGCCAUAACCAGUGCCUUCAUGUUUAUCUUUUUUAAAUCUGCACAAGUUACAUGUGUCUACUGGCAAGGUUAUUUCACAUCUCUAAAAUAUCCAUAUCUGUUUCAAGAUAUUACAUUAAAUAUUUUUUAUUACAGCAGUGAUGUGAUUUUUUCAGCUUUUCGUCAAGAUUAAAACCACCCAAAAACAUGUACAUCUCUAAAACUGCCAUGUUUGUUGCUCGUGUUUGGAUAAAGAUUAAAUACUUUUUGUUACAUCAGGUCCCGUGCUUAUAAACCUUAAAGUCUACACUUUAAUAAAAGUCCAGACUUUAACGUCAUGGCAACGCCAUUCAAAUAGCAUUACGUUGCUAUGAAGCAACAGGCCCUGGGAUGGGGGUUUUCUUCAGUUUUUUGUUUGAUAAAAAAGAAAAAAAUGCCUUGUAUAAUUUUAACUUUUUUAUUUAGCUAUGGUUUAGGGUUUUCGGUUUUUAAAAGAUCGGUUUCAAUUCUUAUUUUAUCAGUUGUCGCAUCCUUUUGCAUAAAAUAUUUAGAUACAAAUAUUUACCAUCUUUUUAUGCAAGUUCAGUAGCACAACAUAAAGUAAUAGAAUUUAAUUAUUUCUCAGCUGAAAUUGUGUCAGCCCAAUAUGAGUGGAGAUCUGGUUGAGAUUGUUAUUAAAGAGACUGGACAGUUCUGGACAGUUCUAUCUUAAAAGCAGCAAAAUGGCAGUCGUUUUGACUUUCACCUAGUCUGAUAUUCAUGAUGUACCCACUGUUACUACAUACACCCACUUUGUUAUUGUUUAAUUUACCAUUUUGUAUACAGUGUAUGAUACAUUAGGAUUAUUCCAUCCACUUCGAACUACAGCAAUGUGUGUUGUGUUUUCUUACUACUGAAGAGUAGAUGAAGCUGAACUAUUGUUAAUAUUAUAAUAAUAAUAUCCAAAAGUGAUAUUUUAGGCUCACAUUUUGCUUCUGUGUUUAGUCUUGUUGGCUCCAAUUGUUUUUUUCUUCUUACAUGAUUGUUACAUUUUCUAAGAAUACAUAUCAAAAUUGAUUUAUUGACCAAUUAUUUUAGCAUAUCAUUGAUACUAGGAACCUUGUGUUUAGCUUACUGUUUUAUGCAUUAGGUAUUUUGGUAUAUGAACUGUCUGUAAUGUUAAUUUAAUCUCAGUUAUUGGUGUUUUCUGUGGCAUCCAUAACUAUCCUGAUACUGGCAUGAACAAUCCACAAUUCAUAUGUACAGAGAGAGAGAUUGUAGGUAGCUGGUAGAAAAUAGGAAUGAAACAAAAUUAAAACGAUUACUAUAGUAUGAAGUUUUAUACAGCAACCAAUACCACAAUGUCAUUAUAUUGAAUAUGAUAUUUAAAUUAAGUUUGUGACGAGAUUGAUAAAUGUUAAAACAUAUGCACUACUAGAGAGCAUGAGUGAUAGUGAUAAGACAUAUAUACUGCUAGAAAGAAUGAAAGAUAAGUUACUGCUGAUAUUGCCUGACUAUUACAAUCAUAUAUGCUGGUCAUGAAUAUCAGGUAAUGGAAUAAAUAUAUUUAAAGAUAA